AUGUACAACCUCUCCAACGUCGCGCGGCACCACUUCCCGGGCGGCAGCGGCGGCGGCGACGGUGAUGCCGUGUACGUGCUGGACCUGCACCGCACGGCGGCGGGCCUCGCGUCCAUCACGUCGGACCAGCGGCUGACGCUGCUGGACCCGACACGCUUCGGCGGCGGCAGCGCGGCGGCGAACGCCUGGGCGCUCGGCCACGGGGGCGGCGUCGCGGCGCUGCGCGUGUUCGACGGGCCGGCGGGGCUUGUGUGCACGGCGGGCGAGGACGGGGGCGUGGCCGUGUGGGAUCUGCGCGCGGCGGGCGAGGCGGCGAGGGUGGCGCGGUUCAAGGCGAGCGAUGCGCCGAUCUUGAGCAUGGCGUGUAGCGCGAGCACGCAGACGAUAGCCGUGGGCACGGAGCUCACCAACCACACAGCCUCGAUAUAUCUAUGGGACGUGCGGUCGACCCCCUCCCCGCGCGCGCACUACCAAGAAGUCCACUCCGACGACGUCACAACACUAUCCUUCCACCCCGCGCAGCCCGCGCUGCUACUAAGCGGCUCGACCGACGGGCUCGUCAACGUGUACGACACGCGCGUCGCCGACGAGGACGACCUCACGCUGCAGACGCUCAACCUCGGCGCGAGCAUCCACCACGCCGGCUUCCUCACCGACACCGAGGUCUACGCCCUGUCGCACGACGAGCGCUUCGCCCUCUACGACGUCGCCGACCAUCGCGCCUCGGGAGACGCUACGCAGGCGUUUGGAGACCUGCGGAAGGCCCUCGCGGGUGAGGACGAUGUGCCCGUGCAGUACGUGGCCGGCGUGACGCCCAAGACGGAUGGCAGCGGGGCCGUCAUCGGCGCGGGAUCUCAAGACAAGCAGCACUUUGAGCUCGUCUUCAUGGCCCGCGACCCGGCGCGGGGGCAGGAGUGGGUGCUGGACCGCGCCAACGGCGUCGGCCUGCCGGGCGCGCACGGCGAGGAGAUUGUGCGCUCGUUUUGCUUCUUCGACGAGGAGCAGCUGGUGUUUACGGCGGGCGAGGACGGCAACAUCAAGGCGUGGAGGCCGGGCAGCUGA